AUGUGCCCGGGUCACGGGCGGCUGGGUCACACUCCGAGCCCUGACCCCGGUCACACGCUGAGCCCUGACCCCAGUCACACACUAAGCCCUGACCCUGGUCACAUUCUGAACCCUGACCCAGGUCACACUCCGAGCCCUGACCCUGGUCACACGCUGAGCCCUGAUCCAGCUGCUUCCCAUAGAGUCCGCUGCCACCUGCACCACACCCCAGGCCCCGGGGGCUGA